AUGGUUCCCCGUAUCGUUGUUCAUGGCAACCUUGUUAUCCACGGCAAUGUGUACAUAAGCGGACCACCCCGCCCCUCCGGAAAUGCAUCUGGGUCUGAGGAUUCGGAGUAUUCCACCGGUCCCCGGCGGCCGGAUUGCACUUGUACCUCGUCGGUAUGUACCUCGUGCUCCUCGUUCGAGAGCAGCAGCACCUCCGGGUCUGAGUACCGUACCAGACCCCGGCGGCCGGAUUGCACUUGUACCUCGUCGGUGUGUACCUCGUGCACCUGCAGCUCGUGCAGGUCGUCCGAGAGCAGCAGCUCCUCCGGAUAUGCUAGCUCAGGCUCCACCGCGCAGGACAAUGUACCCGGGCUCUUCGACUGUACUCCUAUACCAGUUCCCCGGGCCCCGGCGGUGCCCGUGUUCUCCGAGGGUUCCCCCUUCGAGCCCCCCGAGGAUCUCCUCCUCGACACGGAGGUUCCACCCCACCGGGAGCCCUCACCAGCCCCGGAACCAGGCCCAGCGAACCCCCCACCCCGGCGCGGCCCCCUCUAUUGCGGGCCCACGAUGUACGAACUCCGCACAAUGCCUGCCACUGUCGAGCAACUGUUCGACCUCUACUACGCCCAUGUAAGCACCACAACCUUCGUCGUGCUCAUCCUGUGGAAGAGCGCGGAGCCCAUCAACUGGCACGGCGAGCCCCUGCGCGCCCUGGGGUAUGAAUUCAAUACGCUGCGGGGUUUAAACCACACGGCCCAGGUCCUUCACGGGGUCAUCCAGGCCGGCAAGGAGAUCUGCCUGUACCGCGAGGACGGCAACGGCGGCCUCGAGCAGUUCACUUUCAAGGGCCGCACUCUCUUCCACGAGGAGCACGACCUCUGGGUCCUCCGCCAGUGGCGCGACCGCGUCCCUCGCGAGAAGAUCGAGGGGGUCAGCGACACGGAAUCCAAUGUUUCGUCGCCCUACCGGCCGCGCUUGUCCUCUAAUAAGUUCCUGAAUCUUCGGGAGGAGGAUUUGGAUCCACGGUAG